AUGGUGCUGUCUGCUCUUUUCUUCCUAGGCAGCCGGGAUUGCUUACCACCUGCAAUUCGGAGGCGGCGGCUGGCACGGAGGCCAGGCUACAUGAGAAGCUCAACAGGGCCCAGGAUCGGGUUCCUCUCCACAGCAGUGGCCACGCCAUUCCGGGUCCCGGGAGGGGUGUGCGGUGAGGAGCCCCACCAUUCUGAGUCCAGGGCUGGCCGGUGUGGUCUUGACCCGGGAGGCCAGCCUCCGGGCCUCUUGGUCGGGAGCCCUGGUCCCAAGAGCACAACAGCCUCUGCUGGGACCUCGGGGGGACGCUGGGGCCUGGCUCUGACAUCCGUGAGAGGGACGUCGGCCCACGUCGGGAUUCAGCUCCCAGCGGGCACCACACUGCCCGACAGGCUAGCCAGGCCCUGGGGCCCUGGGAACGCUGGGCGUCUGCAAGAAUGUUCAUCCAUGGACGGUCCUGAGGGCCCGAGGGCCAGCUGGGAUGCAGCCUUUGGGGACGGGGCAAGGAGUGUCAGGGCCACACUCCCUCUGGCACCGGUGGACUUGGGCAGCAACUGCAGCCUCGGAAGUGGCGCCCCGGCCCCUCCUGGCUCCGACGACGCCUUCGCCUCAAGCUUCAGCUUUAUCCGGCUCUCUCUCGGCUCUGCUGGGGAACGUGGAGAAGCAGAAGGCUGCCCGCCCUCCAGAGAGGCAGAGUCCCCUCGUCCCAGCCCCCACCAGAGGAGAGCCAAAGCUGCCGGUUUGGACCGGCCCUGCAAGACCCCUCGACAUCUUUCUUGGCCCUUCAGUCUCUCGGCUGCUCGGGGCUUGGCCAGCUCGGCCCAGGCCGCAGGGGGCAGCUCCAGGCCAGAGUGUGAGACUCUUUCUUUACUGGACAGGGACCCUGGCUCCUCCUGUCCUCGGGAUCCCUCUUCGACCGGCCACGGGGGCGACGAGGGCCGCGGCCCGGGGGAUGCCCACCCCUGGGACACCCUGCUCCGGAAGUGGGAGCCCUUGCUGCGGGACUGUCUGCUGAGCCACCAGAGGCAGCUGGAGGUAAUGUCCUUAAGAUUAAAGCUUCAGAAACUUCAGGAGGACGCAGUUGAGGAGGAUGACUAUGAUAAGGCUGAGGCUUUAAAACAAAGAUUAGAAGACCUGGAACAGGAGAUAAGCAGCCUGCACUUUCAGCUUCCUUCGAGGCAGCCGUCCCUGCGCAGCUUCCUGGGCCACCUGGCGGCACAGACCCAGGCUGCCCUGCACCCCGGGGUCACUCAGCAGGCCAGCGGUGAUGACACCCAAACCCCACGCAGAAUGGAGCCAAGGCCACUGGAACCCACCACUCAGGACAACCUGCACGUGUCUAUCGCCAGACGAGACUGGCUUCUUCAGGAAAAGCGGCAGUUACAGACAGAAAUCAAAGCCCUCCAAGCAAGGCUGUCUGUGCUGGAAGCCAGAGAUCAACAGCUGAGAAGGGAAAUAGAAGAGCAGGACCAGCGACUCCAGUGGUGGGACUGCGACCUGACGCCUCUGGUGGGCCGGCUGUCCCCGGGCCAGCUGCAGGAGGUCAGCAAGGCGUUGCAGGACACCCUGGCCGCGGCCCGUCAGAUUCCCUUCCGCACAGAGCCGCCCGAAGCCGUCAGGAGUUUGGGUGACAGAAUACAGAUCCUAAACUUAACACUUAAACUUCCCAGUAGCUGGAAUUACAGGCAUGUGCUACCACACCCGGCUGAUUUUUUGUUUAUUGUA